AAAGCGGAUUAUAGCUGUUUCCGAUCACAACCCAAUCACAUUUGGCCGCUUUCGUUCCUCGUAAAGUUUGAAUAUUCAAAGGUUUUAUUUGCUGGUUUCUGUCAACUCUCUAGUGAACCUUUGAAGUUUCAAGUCAAGUUUUCAAAUAUAGAGUCAUGAGUUUUGUUUUUCGAGGAACAAGAGCAGAUAUUGAAAAUGGUUUUCCAGGAUUUAUACCGGAGAGGCGAGCAUUGCGUGUUCAUGCAGCUCGUCCUAGUAAUUCUAAUUCACUCACUUUUCUCGUCACAGUUCUUCUGUUAUUCAUGAUAUUGAACUCUCACCAGAUGUCCCCAAAUUUUCUGCUCUGGCUGGUGCUCGGUGUUUUCUUGAUGGCAACAAUGUUGAGGAUGUAUGCAACAUGUCAACAGCUUCAAGCACAGGCCCAAGCUCAUGCAGCAGCAGCCAGUGGCAUUCUUGGCCACACAGAACUGAGGUUGCAUAUGCCACCAUCGAUAGCACUUGCAAGUCGAGGGCGUCUGCAGGGUCUCAGACUUCAGCUUGCUCUUCUUGACCGGGAGUUUGAUGAUCUUGAUUAUGAAACUUUAAGAGCUUUAGAUUCAGAUAAUGUUUCUACUGCACCUUCCAUGACCGAGGAAGAGAUUAAUGCUCUUCCAGUUCACAAGUAUAAGGUUGCUGGUCCCCAGAGUGGUGGAUCAUCAAUGCAACCAGCAUCAUCAUCCACUUCUGCUGAGAAGAAGCAAGACAUUUCAGGGGCUGUUGGAAGCAUGAAAGCCUCUGACGAUGAACUCACUUGCAGUGUAUGCUUGGAGCAAGUUAAUGUCGGUGAAGUACUGCGUAGCUUACCUUGCUUGCAUCAGUUUCACGCUAGUUGCAUCGAUCCUUGGCUGCGCCAACAAGGGACAUGUCCUGUAUGUAAAUUUCGAGCUGGAUCUGGGUGGAGUGACAAUGGACAUAAUGAUAUCGCGGACAUGGUUUGAAUACAUCGUCUAAUUUUUAUUUAUGGAGGUGUGAUUAAAGUCUACAACUAUAACUUAGUGUGAUGAUGUAUCAAAAAUAGUAGGUCUUGACAAGUAUUGGUGUAAUUACCCUGACGUGUAGGGAUGAGAAGAAGGGCAGAAUACCGUGUAACAACUAUUCAGCUUAUAUUUCUUCGGCUGCUGUGCGUAACCCAGCGCCAUCUGCACAAAUUUUUCUUUACUGCUA